AAAUUAUUUUGGCCAAAAUUUGCUAAACAGAUGAUUAAUUACAUUUGAAAUUCGGAAAAAAACAAUGGAUUCAUUCAGCCGUCACCCUUCAUGGUUAACUGGAGUGAGCGAGACAAAAAAUUGGGACAAAGUGCUUAAAUUCUUAUGUAAUCAUUUCAACUUCGUCAUCACAGUAUCUGUUCCAAACGCCGGCCGGAGAUACUGAAACGUGAAAGGCUAUCCCAUGGACGACGUCGAUCGGUUAUUUGAAUGCUUCAAGUGCGGCGUGUCUCCUCCGCAAUCGGCUAUUGGAGAACGAAAGAGAGGGAAGAGAACUUUGAAACAGGAACAUUCAGCAUGUAAGCAAUUAGUUGAAAAAACCCCCAAGAGCAUGGCAGAGACUGACCACUCGGUUGAAGAUUCCAGUUCAUCCAAAGUGAAGAGACGCAGCUCUCGGAAGCAGUUCUCUCCACUUGUGUUUUAUGGGUCUCCACACGGGGUUCCUCCGAAAAGGCCUACUAGUUUGUUGCGCCUGUUGCAAGAAAUACAUGUAGACCUUGGCGAACAAAAUAAGCUAAGACAAGAAAUAUGGGUUACAUACCCUAAGCAGGAUGAAGCAAUGAAGUAUGCAAAGCAGUGCACGGAUGCUCGUCUUUUCAGCUAUCAGAAUCACAUUAAUGGCCAAAGAAGGUUUCUUGUUUCCACAUAUGAGCACUUUUGGAAAAGGUACAAAAAUAUGAACUCUAAAAGAAGACACCAUUAUGAAGUCAUUCAGGAGGGCUUGCCAUGCCACCUUUAUUUUGAUUUGGAGUUCAAUAAGAAAGCAAAUAGAGAUAAGAAUGGAGAUGAAAUGGUUGAUCUCCUGGUCAUGGCUGUAUUUGAUGCUCUGCUAGAAAAAUAUUCUCUAGAAGGAAGUCAUGACUGGAUAGUUGAGCUUGAUUCUUCUACUGAUGAAAAGUUCUCCAGACAUUUAAUCAUUAGAUUACCAAAAGCUGCAUUUAAGGACAACUCUCAUGUUGGGGCAUUUGUUACUGAGCUGUAUUGAUAAUCAUUUUCUGUGAGACGGUGUCAGAUAUGUUCACGGAUAUAUACUUCAAAUGUUAUGGAUGAGAGAUUCAAAAAGCUCGUUGUCUUUAAAGAUUCAGAAUCGGCUGGAAUUCCAAGUCAGCUCUUUGUGGAUACUGCUGUCUACUCUAGAAACCGCUGCUUUCGUCUAGCUCUCUCAUCUAAAGCAGGGAAGACGUCUGUCCUUCUACCCAGUGGACGCUUUAAAUGUAAGGACAUGAGUGAGGAAGAAAUGUUUAUGGCAUCACUGAUUUGUAAUAUGGAUGCCGAAUGCGAGAAACUUUUGGUCUGUAAAAUGGAUUCAGAUUGUGUUAGGAACCUGCAUUUUGAUACAGAGAUUACCGAAAAUAUCCAACAAAAUGGCACCCCCCAAGCAUUUGACUCAAAGCAUUUUGAAAGUGAUCCUUCAAGAACUUACUUGAUGGGAAAGUCGCCAUUCACAGCUUUAGAUUCAUUCAUUGUGUAUAUUGCCUCCAUAGGAAGUGUGCCAGGAAAAAUUCGGAGUUGGUAUUGGUUCUCAGAGUAUGGGCUGAUGGUCUACAGCAUGUCAAAAAACAGAUAUUGCGAAAGGAUCCAGAGAGAACACAAAAGCAAUCAUGUGAUGUACGUUGUUGACCUUAGAAGGGGUGUUUACUACCAGAAGUGCUAUGAUCCGGAUUGCAGAGGUUAUCGAUCCCCUUUGCGUCCUGUCCCUGGCAAUGUCAUGGCUCAUUGUUCAUUGUCCUUUGGCCUGGAAGUUAGCACUGAAGAUUGGAAGCACGCAACUGUAGCUACUGAUCGGGAUAUUACAGAUAGCUGCAAGAAAGACUGGUGGCUUGAAGCUAUCAAAUUUGCAGAUCAGCUAGAGAGCACACCAACAGCCCUGGAUGUAUGUGAUGAGGGAAGAUCAGGAGAAGAUGAAGACUGGUGGGUGACAGUGGAAAGGAUUGCAACCCAAGCUGAACAGGCUUACCUUGGACAAGCUUAGAAUCUUUCUUGGGCAUACCAAACCGAUAAACUACCAGUUUACUUAUACUCCAUUCUGUAUAAGCGAGUUGUUUGCUGAUAGUUGAUUAGGUAGUUCUCUGAGAAGAAAUGUUUGGUAAAAGUGGCCUAAAAAUUAGUUAAGAAAAUGUAAAUUGACAUAGGAACGUAAAGGGCUUUUUGGUAAUAAAACAAUAUAUAAUGGUUAUUAGUAAUUUAACAC